AUGGUAGCUGAAGGUCUUGACACAAUACCUUUAAAAGAUUGUAUAGCUCAAUUAAAGGGAUUAGGGUUUAAUUGUGUAAGAUAUACAUGGGCAACACAUAUGUUUACACGUUACUCAACAAAUAAAGUUGGAGAAAAGUUGGAUAAAUUGAAUCUCACUGGUCCUAGGUUAGGAAUUGGGAAUUUUAACCCUUCUAUGGAGAAUAUUACUGUUGUGGAGGCUUUUGAUUUUGUGAUUGAUGAAUUUGGAAAACAAGGUAUGAUGGUUUUGGCUGAUAAUCAUGUUAGUGAUCCUAAAUGGUGUUGUGACAAUAAUGAUGGGAAUGGAUUCUUUGGUGAUCAAUAUUUUAAUCCAGAAGAAUGGUUACAAGGACUUUCUAAUGUUGCUAAUCGUGUCAAAGGAAAACCUCAGGUUGUGGCAAUAGGGUUAAGAAAUGAACUAAGAGGUCCAAAACAAAACGAAAACAAUUGGCACAAGUACAUGAGCCAAGGAGCUACAACUGUUCAUAAAGCAAAUCCAGAUGUUCUAGUCUUUGUUUCUGGCUUAAAUUAUGACACUGAUUUAAGCUUCUUGAAGACAAAGCCUCUAAAUGUUAACAUAGGGAACAAAUUGGUGUACGAGGUACAUUCCUAUGCAUGGUCAAGUGGGGAACGAAGUGAUUGGGACAAGCAACCAUUGAACAAAAAAUGUGCUAAUGUAAUGAAUAAUUUGAAUGAUAAGGCAGGGUUUCUCAUGAGUGGUUCUAACCCUAAACCAUUGGUUAUGAGUGAAUUUGGUAUCAACAUGGAAAAUAAGACUGACAUGAAUGAAAAAUUCUUGUCUUGUAUGUUGGCAUAUCUUGUAGGUGUGGAUUUGGAUUGGGCAUUGUGGGCUGCACAAGGUGCUUACUAUAUAAGAAAAAAUGAAAUUAUUGUGAGUGAGACUUUUGGUAUAUGGAGUUAUGAUUUUCGCACACUUAGAUAUAUUGAAUUUCCUCAAAGGUUUCAACUUAUGCAUAAGAAGCUUUUAGAACCAAGUUCAAAUUCAAGCAAAUCCUACAUAAUAUAUCACCCAUUAAGUGGACAAUGUGUAAAAGUGAACAAAAGGAAUAAACUUGUAUUGGGUGAUUGUGAUGGGAAAAGUAAGUGGAAUCAAGUAGGGCAACAAAUCAAAUUGGUUGGCAAUGAUGCAUGCAUAGAAGCAAUUAAAGAUGGAUCUCAAGUGAAACUCUCAAAUGAUUGUAGGAGCAAGCAAAGUUUUUGGAAAACUUUAUCAGCAACCAAUCUUCAUUUGGGUACCUUGGAUAGUCAAGGACAAAAUUUAUGCUUGCAAAGGAAAUCUCCCACUUCACCUAAAAUAGUUACAAAAAAAUGCAUAUGCAUUGAUGAUAAUCCUGCUUGUUUGGAGGAUCCUCAAAGUCAAUGGUUUCAACUAGUUACAACAAACGUGUAA